UGGAGCCGCACCCUUUCUUCUUCUUCAAAAUUGAAUCUUGAAACCCUUUUUGGAUACCCUUUUGUCAUAAAUACUUAGGUCUUCUGCUAGAUUUGAGAAUCGUCAAGUGGGGGGUGAAGGAAGGAAGGAAGAGAACACGUUUUGUCAGAAAGUAAAAAUAAAGAGAAAGAGGGGAGAGAGAAACACAACGUUUGGCUCUUGUUUAAACACAAGUGCAUCGUUACAACCUUAAACUCCUCUCAAUUUUUUAUUGUUUGUCCUUUAGAUAUUUUGUUCUUUGGCUUAGUUUGCAACUUGUAAGUUAUAACUUGUAACCCUCUUAUUUUGGUUCACAUAUUUGUGCGUGUUUCAUUCACCCUCUCCUCUAUCUCUCUCUCACACACACAACCAUAUAUAACGUUAUUCAUAUUUUCUUAGUUUUGUAACUUUACCUUUGUGCCCUCCAAGGGACUAGGAAGGAACAGAACCAAUAAAAAAAACAACCCUUUUAGGUUAAAUCUUCCACCAUUUGGGUGUGUGUGUGUGUGUGUUUUCCAAUGGCAACAUGGGUCUUAUCAGAAUGUGGGUUAAGGCCUCUUCCCCCAAUGUUCCCUAGACCAAGAACUGGAUCCAUUUCAUGCACCAAAUCUUCUUCUAUAAACUCCACAUUCUUAUCCUCAGAUCUGAAGAGCUUCCAACAACAAACAAGGUUCCAAUGUUGUAGUUUUAAGGAGAGAAGAAGAAGCUGGGAGAUUAAGGUUAGUGUACCUUUAAGGGUUGGCACCAUUGAGGAGGAAGAAGAAGAAGAAGGAAUCAUCAAUGGUGUUGUUGAAAAAAGAGAAGUUUGUGAAUUUGACCCUGGUGCACCACCACCAUUCAAAUUGAGUGACAUAAGAGCAGCAAUACCUAAGCACUGUUGGGUGAAGGAUCCAUGGAGGUCAAUGAGUUAUGUUGUGAGAGAUGUUGUUGUUGUUCUUGGUUUGGCGGCUGCUGCUGCACACCUCAACAAUUGGAUUGUUUGGCCUCUCUAUUGGGCUGCUCAAGGAACCAUGUUUUGGGCACUUUUUGUUCUUGGUCAUGAUUGUGGUCAUGGAAGCUUCUCAAACAAUCCCAAACUGAACAGUGUUGUUGGACAUUUGCUGCAUUCUUCAAUUCUAGUACCAUAUCAUGGAUGGAGAAUUAGUCAUAGAACUCAUCAUCAAAACCAUGGCCAUGUUGAAAAUGAUGAAUCUUGGCACCCGCUGCCUGAAAAAAUCUUCAAGAGCUUGGACAAUGUAACACGUACCUUAAGAUUCACAAUACCUUUUCCAAUGCUUGCAUAUCCUAUAUACCUUUGGAGCAGAAGUCCUGGGAAGACAGGUUCUCACUUUCAUCCAGAUAGUGACUUGUUUGUCUCAAAUGAGAGAAAAGAUGUUAUCACUUCAACAAUUUGUUGGGCAGCCAUGGCUUCUUUGCUAGUUGGGUUAGGGUUUGUGAUGGGUCCAAUCCAAUUGCUUAAGCUUUAUGGCAUUCCUUACGUGCUUUUUGUUAUGUGGUUGGACUUUGUUACUUAUUUGCAUCACCAUGGCCAUGAAGACAAAUUACCAUGGUACCGUGGAGAGGAAUGGAGCUACCUUAGGGGCGGGCUUACAACUCUUGAUCGUGACUAUGGUUGGAUUAAUAAUAUUCACCAUGAUAUUGGAACUCAUGUCAUACAUCAUCUCUUUCCUCAAAUUCCCCAUUAUCACUUAAUAGAAGCAACUGAAGCAGCAAAGCCAGUUCUUGGAAAGUAUUACCGAGAGCCAAAGAAAUCUCUACCUCUUCCAUUUCACCUUAUUGGAGAUUUGAUGAGAAGCAUGAAGAAAGAUCAUUAUGUUAGUGACACUGGUGAUGUUGUUUAUUACCAAACAGACCCUACACUUGGUGGCUCUUCUACAUCAAUUUAAGAAGCUACAAAAAUAUAUUUAUUUAUUUUUCCUCUUGAAGACACGAGAGGCCCCACAUAUAUAUUGAUAUCAUCAUAUUAUGAGGCACAUGACACAAUUCCUUAACAAUGAAGAAUUUCUCCAAAGAUUUGUGCUCUCAAUUGAGUCCUAAAUCAUAAUUAAGAAGAGUUUUUGGUUCCUCAAUGGGAAUGGAUUGUAACUUAAUGCAAUUAUUAAAGCAUUGAUUCUGUAAAUUGUCUAUUCUUGAUGGAAGAAGUGAUUAUAUAUGUUCACCAAAGUUUAAUUAUAGUAAAUGAAUAAAAUUGAAGUUAUGUA